UUUAUAGUCAAGUCACGAAUCACAUUAAAGACUACCAUUGUCUUUCUGCCGUAUCACAUUCAGUCGAGUCUCUAAAAACUACAUACACAAACGCUGUUUGCCACUAAGUUGAGCUCUAGUCUAACACGAUUCAAAAUGGCAGAUUGCAUCACGCUAAACAAUGGACACCGAAUCCCUCAAGUAGCCCUCGGGACAUCAAGGAUUUCUCCUGAAAAGCUAGAGGUAACCAUUAAGCGAGCACUUGAUAUGGGGUACCGCCAUAUAGACACAGCGUUUUUCUACGGAAACGAGACAGUUAUUGGUAAAGCACUCCAAGAAUAUAUGGAAUCUACGAACCUUAGCCGACAGGAGGUAUUCAUCACCACAAAAUUAUUUCCAACUUAUAUGAAGGGUAGUGCCGUAGGACCGGCUCUAGACGAAAGCCUCAGGAGGCUUAGACUUGACUAUGUGGACCUCUUCCUUAUUCAUGUCCCGUGUGCAAUGAAGGAGCUGGAUUUCUACCCCGAGAAACCUACACAACCUAUGGAUUUUACAUCGGUUGAUUUAAGAGAAACAUGGAAGGCUAUGGAAGAAACAAUAUACAGGGGAAAGGCGCGUUCGAUUGGCGUGUCGAGCUUCAAUGCCAAACAACUAGACUACAUAUGUAAGACGGCACGUAUUCGACCAGCUGUCAGCCAGGUGGAGGCACAUGCCAGAUUUCCGCAGAAGAAACUCCACGAGUUUUGUAAAUCCAGGAAUAUCCUACUCGAAGCAUUUUGCCCUCUUGGUUCACCCUUCUUCAUCGGACCUAAAGAAUUAAAUAAAAUUCAAUCGAGGGAUAACUUGGUGGAACAUCCUAUUAUUAUGGAUAUUGCUGCGAAAUAUAAACGCACACCAGGGCAGAUUCUUCUUCGGAACCUUGCACAGAGAGGUAUUGUUGUGAUUCCGAAAUCCGAAAACCCACAGAGGAUGAAAGAGAACUUACAGAUUUCCUCCUUUUCUUUGAGUGAAGCGGACAUGAACCAUAUUGACGAAAUUGACAACGGAGAACGUCGAUUCGUCAUCUCGUGGUGGAAGGACCAUCCAGAAUAUCCAUUUCACGAAGAAUUUUGAAACAACAACUUAUGUAUUAUCAUCAAUACUAAAGACACUGCGGUCUCAUCCAAAGAAGACGUGCCAUUAACUAUUUAGAAUCUUUUGUGAAUCAAAACAAUUUAAGUACAAUAUGAUGCAACUUUUAUGAAGCAGUAUGACGUUCGUAUUAAAAGUAAAAUGUCGGUCCUAGAGACGUCAUCAGUUCUUGUUUUAGGUUUGUAAUUAACAAAUUAACAUAGCAAUUAUUUAAGUCUUUCCAUCUUUCUAGAGCUAAGUGUCGUAUUACGUAUCGAAUAUUCGAUUACAGUUGUCUAACAGAAAAACCCGAAAAAAAAUAAAAGGAAAAUCCGACCAGGUGCUCUGGCAGAA